UCAAACAGGACCUGUUAUCAAGCUAGUGUGACAACUAUGAUAUUUUAGACACGACCUUUCCCUGUCUGCAUGUAGUAAUAAACGGAUAACUUUUCGUCAGACGGUUUAUUCGUUAUAAAUACACUUUUUCUACCGUAAUGUUUUAAAUCAUCAGUGAAUCAUGGAGUUUGUAAAUGGAUUAAAGGUGCCGGCAUGGGUGGUAGUUUCUCUUUCGUCUAUAGUUUCAAUUUAUAUAUUUUCAACAUGGCCAUAUUCACUAUUCAAAUCCUUGAAAAUACCUGGACCAAAACCUAUACCAUUUUUCGGGAAUCUCCUUACAUUAACCAAACAGGGGUUUCAUACAGUACAUCAAAACUGGACGAGACAAUAUGGUAAAGUCGUAGGAUUUUAUGAAGGUCGUCACCCUUGUAUGCUGGUGUCAGAAACAUCCAUGAUAAGGGAAAUAUUGGUGAAAGACUUCAACUCUUUCCGGAAUAGAAGGAAUAUUCAAAUAGCUGGGUAUCCAAUGGAUUCUGGGAUAUUACAACAAAGAGACGACCAAUGGAAGAACACAAGACACAUUUUAACACCGGCUUUUAGCUCUUCAAAAUUAAAAAAGAUGGUUGGUCUUAUUCAAGACUGUGGUAAUAUUCUGACCAAUAAAUCUCAGGAAUUAGUGAAGAAAGGUGAUGAUGAAAUUGAACUAUACAGCCAUUUUUCUGCUUACACAAUGGAUGUUAUUACAAGUACUGCUUUUGGAGUGAAGAUUGAUGCGUACGAUAAAAAUGACCCCUUUAUAAAGAAUGCUAAAGCUUUCACUACCCUGAAUUUUGCAGGGCUCUUGUUUAUGACGUAUUUUCUAGCGCCUGGCCUCCUGCCUUUUCUGCUUGCUCUCAAAAUAACAGUUGUACCCAAAGCUCCACUUGACUUCUUCAUUCAAGUUAUAGACGGUGCAAUAGCAGCAAAGAAAGAAAGUCUUGACCCACGUUUUGAUUUGCUGCAAGCUAUGUUAAAUGCCAGCGAAGACAGUGACCCAAUAGAAGACGAUGGUUUAAUGAGUUCAUUGGAGGUUAAAUCCACCAAUAAAAAAGGACUGACCAACGGAGAAAUACUGGCUCAUUCUGUAACGUUUUUCUUGGCUGGGCAUGAAACAACGGCAACAACGAUGACGUUUUUAGCUUACGAACUGGCGUUGCAUCCCGAUAUACAAAAUAAGGCUACAGAAGAGAUUGAUAGAGUUCUUGGAGAUAAACCUUGUGAUUAUGAAAAUAUACAAGAGCUAGUCUAUCUUGAUAUGUGUUUAUCUGAAACAUUACGUCUAUACCCACCAGCAACCAGGUUAGAAAGAACAGCAUCGGUUGAUGUGACACUAGAUGAUAUCAAAAUACCAGCUGAAACAAUAGUAGUCAUUCCUGUUUAUACAAUACAUAGAGAUCCUUCUAUAUAUGAUAAUCCAGAUGACUUUAUACCAGAAAGGUUCAGUCCCGAAAAAAAAGCAAAACUUGGUGCAUAUCAUUACAUGCCGUUUGGAUUGGGGCCUAGAAUUUGUAUUGGAAUGAGAAUGGCAGUUUUAGAAACCAAACUAGGAAUUGCUCGACUUCUACAGAAAUUUAAGUUUUCCACCUGUGACAAAACUAUGAUACCAUUAAAGUUUCGUAAUUCGACUCUGUUACAAAUAGACGGUGACGUGGUUCUUAAAUUUAUUGCACGAUAAUGAAAACGUGUACUCCGACCAAUUCAGCUACAUGACUAACGGGAGUGGUAGAAAUUUAACCGUUAAUAGAUAGUAGUUUGAGUUCCGAGGUGUUCUGGUCGUCUGAUGAAAACUCUGAGGAAUGUUUUAAAAAAUGAAUAAAAAUGCGAAAGACGCAUAUCGUGUAAAGCAUUAACAAAUCUUAAAGAUUAAAACAAGAUACAAUACAAUUUUAAAAAAAAAUUGUGUUUUAUUAAUGAAAUAAAUAAAAAUCAAUAUAUCCAUAAAUCGUGAAAUAUCUACUUAAAGCAUAUGAUAUUUUUAAACAAUAUUAUUUUUAUUCAGGUUUGUAGCCUAUAUAUACUCUUAAAAAAAGUAGGGUAUAUUCAGAAACAAUACAAAACUGCAGAAAUACACUGCUGUUUUUAUAAGAGGUAACCAGUGUAUGUUAAUAACAAGCCAAUUGCAUACACGUGAACCUACACGGUUCAUAUGGACGGCUUAUCUGACAGCCCCAUUUCACUCGCAAAGGGAUACACCGUCAAAAGUGAAAAUGGACGUUUUUGAUUUUUAUCUUAAUAAUGAGUAAUUGCCCCACCAAUCCUCAGACAUUCAGCAAUUAGUCGUGGCAUGCUCCUAAUCAACAGUCCAAUCACGAUUUGGGGCAAUCUGACCAACUCCUCUUGCAGUGCCACGGCCAAUUCUUGCAGUCUUGUCGGUUGACGUUGACGUCGACGAACACCUCUCCCGAUCAAAUUAAACGUAACACACUAAAGAAAAGAUACGCUAAACAGUAAAUCUUAUGCAAGAAUCGACAGGAAAGCAAACAUGGAUAGGAUAAACCAGCACUCGGCAGUUUUCAUCAACCCUUCGUUGAAGUGGCAUGUUUGACAAUGAACCCCUCCCACGUGUAUGGCGCUAUUGCGUGUCGCAUGUGCAGCUCAGUGGUUCUGUUGGGGCGAUAAGUUCUUCAUCUGUGAACAUACUCUCAAAGCAUGUCAAGUGUCCAUGACUAUUUAUCAUAUCACAACCUGCAUAGGUAAUUGCAUUUCAUUAUCCCUUACUUUUUUUAAGAGUAUAUAUUAAACCCCUCUCCACAUGUAUUUACAUUUUAUAAAUAAAACAAUGUACAAGUGUAACAUAAUUACAGUCAGUAUGGGUAGGCCUACUUAGUUUACCCAAGUUUUGAUGAUUUCGAAAUACGAGUGGACAGUUUGAAAAAUAUUCAGCGAUAUCUCCGUGUAGUCAGUUCCAUGCAGUAAGAUGAUAGUGUUACCGUGGGUAGACGGUAGAUUGUUUAUUGUUGAGGGCAUCUGAAUGUAAGGUAUAAUACAAAAAAUGUGUUCACCUACUUGGUGGCUAUAUUUACAGGUUCGAUCGUCAGAAAUAUGACAAAAAUUGUGUCCGUUUAGAUAGCCUAAAAGAGAGGCUCGGUUUACAAUGAAUGAUUUGGUUUACGCGAUACCCAAAAGUAAACGAUUUUGCUUGUGCUGAAUCUUGUGACAUUAUUUCAAAUUGGAGGUUUUUAGUGAUGUUGAAUUUUUAGUGUUUACACUUCCAUUCUCUACUUGACAAAGGUAUGGAAGAAUUAUAUUUGUUUUACAGGUAGAUUGACUUUACGGAGAUUAACAUGUUCGCUUUUUGUCAAGAAUAAAUCUUAUGUCUUCUGCGUCUCAUUGUUAGCGUAAUAAAACCGGUUUAUAUACAAGUGUCUAGCUGGUACUCCUUACAACACCACAUAUGGACCUAAGUGUAUUUAGUUGUAGGUGCUCUAAUUUUAAUUUUUCAGCUGGAUGGUUCGAGCAGUUGUCCCAGAUGACGUCAUUAUAUAAUCAAACCCAAAGCCCUGUAUGUAGUUCAGACUGAGUCUCUAAACCCUGAUGUAUCCUGUAGUUCGGAUAGAGUAUCUAAACCAUUGUGUACCCUGUAGUUCGAUGU